GUGGGUGCAGUUGGGGUAGGGGGAUCCAGGCUACCCUUCUCCACCAGGUCCCAACCCAGGCCCCAAGGAACCAGUAGUUUUGUGAUUAGUCUUGAUCUCUCGUUGUUAUAGUCCUGACCCUGGGUCACUUCCUACGCUGACUUCCAGUAACCACAGUCUCACAGCCUCAGCACUCUCUCCUCCGUCAGCCUCAGCAGUCAGCUCGGUGUUCACCUGGCAGCUUCCUGGUAGGAGCCUGGAAUACACAUCCGGUCUCCUCUGUGGUCAGGCCAGACUAACCUGAGCUAUUCCCUUUUACACUCUGGUUCCAGUCUGAGCAUGCCAAGCAGGGUCGAGAGGGCAUGGCUUCUUCAGCCCACAGAGUGUGGUUAACCCAUCUGGAACCAGUACAGGAAAACAUUGGAAUCAACACAGUGACCCUUUUCAGACUGGUUGCUUAAUGGUUGGAAGUAUAGGCCAACAUAGAAAAACUGCAAAUAAACAGAUGUUGCUUGCCCUGCUGUCUUGAUUUAGAGAAGUGCUGCCACCUGUGAAGAUGAUUGUGUGUAACAGGGUUAAGUGGAGGAUGGCAUCUAGACACAGCAGAGAAAUCCUAUGCUGCUUCUAGCAGGCUUUACUUUGCUGUCUACUCCGGAUUACAUUCUACAUCAGUAGAAAUGGACAGCAGCAGUUUCAUUCAGUUUGAUGUGCCCGAGUACAGCAACACUGUUCUGAGCCAAUUAAAUGAGCUUCGACUGCAAGGGAAGCUAUGUGAUAUAAUUGUGCAUAUUCAGGGUCAGCCAUUUAGAGCCCAUAAAGCUGUUCUAGCUGCCAGUUCUCCGUAUUUCCGUGAUCAUUCAGCAUUAAGCACCAUGAGUGGCUUAUCAAUAUCAGUUAUUAAAAACCCUAAUGUCUUUGAACAGUUACUUUCAUUUUGUUACACUGGAAGGAUGUCCUUGCAGCUGAAGGAUGUUGUUAGUUUUCUAACUGCAGCUAGCUUUCUACAGAUGCAGUGUGUCAUUGACAAGUGCACACAGAUAUUGGAGAGUAUCCAUUCAAAGAUCAGUGUUGGUGAUGUUGACUCUGUCACUGUUGGUGCUGAAGAGACUCAAGAAAGCCACAAUGGAGUAAAAGAUAGCAGCUACUUUGCCAAUCCUGUUGAAAUAUCUCCUCCUUAUUGCUCUCAGGUGCCACAACCAACAGCGGGUAGUGAUCUAAGGAUGGAAACUACUACAGGGAAGACUUUACGCAGUCGUCUGCACGAAGAAGGGCACUCGGAUCGAGGAAGCAGUGGAAGUGUCUCUGAAUAUGAAAUUCAGAUUGAAGGUGAUCAUGAGCAAGGGGACCUGAUAGUAAGGGAGAGCCAGAUUGCAGAGGUGAAGGUUAAAAUGGAAAAAUCUGACCGGCCAAGUUGUUCUGAUAGCUCCUCACUUGGCGAUGAUGGAUACCAUACUGAGAUGGUUGAUGGAGAGCAAGUGGUUGCAGUAAAUGUAGGUUCCUAUGGAUCUGUAUUACAACAUGUUUAUUCAUUUUCCCAUGCCUCAUCCCAGGCUACUAACAUGUCUGAAACCUUUGGAAGCCUGAACAAUUCAAGUCCUUCGAGGUCCAUGCUGAGUUGUUUCAGAGGAGGUCGUGCACGCCAAAAACGGGUAUCUGCUGGUCACUUACAUAGUGAUAUUCAGGGCUUAAUGCAAGGGACUGAUGGUGAAACCAUAGUGAGUAACCCAGGAUAUGAAAGCAGUCCACGGGAAAGAAAUGCAAGAGGUCACUGGUAUCCAUACAAUGAGAGGUUAAUUUGUAUUUACUGUGGAAAGUCUUUCAACCAGAAAGGGAGCCUUGAUCGACACAUGCGAUUACACAUGGGAAUUACCCCUUUUGUGUGCAAGUUUUGUGGGAAGAAAUACACACGGAAGGACCAACUUGAGUAUCAUAUUCGUGGCCACACGGAUGAUAAACCCUUCCGGUGUGAGAUCUGUGGGAAAUGUUUUCCUUUCCAAGGGACGCUAAAUCAGCAUUUAAGAAAAAAUCACCCUGGGGUAGCAGAAGUAAGAAACAGGAUAGAAUCUCCAGAAAGAACAGAAGCAUUUCUUGAACAGAAAAUAGAUAAUGACACUUCAGCCUCUGAAGCUAUGGAUUCUAGUAUGGAAAUUCACACAAUGUCUAACACACCUGAUUAAAAUACUAAGUUCUAAGUGCAACCCAAACAAAGCACAUUAAUCAAUGCAUUUUUAAAAUUUUUGCUUCUUUAAUAGUCUUCAGUACAGGUAUAUCAGUCUUUUAAUUUUCCUGACCUUUUGGAAAUCUGGUCAAAAUGGUUUCUGAAGGAAGCUAUGUGAUUGUGCAUUGUUUCGAAGGAAGCUGAGUAUUUUUCACUCUUGAAGAUGCUUAAAGUAUAAAGGAUAGAGUAUUUUGGGUUUCCAGAGGGGGAAGUAGGCUAAAAUUGUUCUUUAUUGGCUGAUCUGGCAAGACACAAAUUCUAUCAGGGAAGGAUAUUAAAAUAAGACUAGCAGCCCUGCUGGAUACACUAAGAGGGUAUAUUCUCCAUCAUUGUGCUUCCUAACUUCCAUUCCCAAUAAUGGGGGUUAUGCAGCACUAUGGGGAAAGACUGUUUUCUCAUCAGUCCCCUUCAGG